AUGUCCUCCAUGCACUUCUUUGAAGGAGGCGAUGGACAGGCGCUCGGCCUUGACCAGCGGUCAAAAUCCACCCAGCCGAGGCGCACGCUACUAGCCACCUCUCUCACUUUUACCAAGUCUUGCCUUCUCUACUCGCUGGCCAUCUGGGGCGCCUUCACAAUCAUUGCGAAUCCACUGCAGGCAAUUGAAAUUCCUUUUAAAAGCCGAAUCUCCUCCAGCAUUGAGCCAAGGGGAUGCGACUGUGGAGAGUCCGUCGCAGAGGCAAUAUCCCGCGGUUGCCGAUUCGACGGGCUCGCAAUGGCCUGGCUUCCGGAGCAUUGUCUUGACGAUGAAUUAGCAGAAGAAUUCAACACAAUGGGAGACGGUUCUAAUGGAACUUGGAUAUACUACGCCGAUCGGGAACGUACUAUCCAGAUUGACCCUAACGAGGUGGCGGCCUUGGGAGAUCGCCCUGAGGUUUUGGUCCAUAUGAGCGUCCAGUGGCACACCAUCCAUUGCAUCUUUUAUUGGCGAAAGCAGUUCCGGACACGAUCCAAUGGCAAGAUCGUGGAGCCCAGGUCUGAUUCUGAGCAUCACAUCAAGCACUGUGGAGAGAUUUUCUUGUCACCAGGGUCGGGGACGAAAUCGGGGUGGCUCUGA